AUGCCCAAAAUGGUUUCUACAUUAUCCUUUGCUGCAAUCCUCAUGAUUCUGGUCCAGACCAACUGUACGGAGUGGGCUUCUGGUCACAUUGGCAACUUCCAUUACCAGGCAGGGGCAGAUUACCUGCAACUUUCUGGCUAUGGCAAAGGACAAAGCCAUGAAGUGCUCCCUUCCCUAAAAAGAUAUCUUCAACAUUUCGGCUAUUUGGACACGGUUGCCGACAUAGGAUUCUCUCAUGUUUUUGAUAAAGAUCUAGAAGCUGCCGUGAAGAAAUACCAAGCGUUCUUCAGCCUCAACGCUACUGGCAUACUUGACACAGCAACAGUGCACCAACUAAUCCAGCCGAGAUGUGGUGUACCAGACAUAAUCAAAGAUCCAGCGCCGGCAAAAUUCCACCGGAUUAAUGUCACCGGCAACUCAAGUUCAUCACUAUACGGUCUCACAAACAGCUGUUGGCCACCAUCAAGCAGGAGACUAUUGUAUAAUAUCUCGCUGAACGAGCACAUGCCAUUUCCUAUAGCAGAUCUAAGGCCCGUCUUCCGUGAGGCAUUCAAAACAUGGGCUUCAUUCUCGCCAUUCGAGUUCACAGCUUCGACCGCGAGAAUCGCUCAGUUGCACAUCGGAUUCUACCGGGGGCAGCACUUAAAUUGUCCAGAUCCGUUUGAUGGUGUUGGCAACUUGCUUGCACACGCAUUUUAUCCUCCAUCUGGCGUGCUUCACAUCAACGCAGAUUGUGUAUGGGCGAUCGACCCUGAGAUCUUGAGGAACACGGAAGAAUCGUACGACGUUCAAUCAGUCGCCGUUCAUGAGAUCGGCCAUCUACUGGGGUUGGGUCAUAGUACAGUUCCAGAAGCAAUCAUGUAUCCUACGUUGGAUUCUCAAACAAGGAAGGUGGAGCUGCAUGGCGAUGAUAUUGCAGGAAUUAAUGCUAUGUAUCCUCGGUCUAGCUGA